ACAACCCAACAAACACAGGGAGGACCCCAGCCCACACAACCUGAACCAGAGCAAGCUGGACCAGAACCAGUUGUUCCAACCAAACCCAAAAAAACAGGAAGGGCUAGACCUGAGGGGUUUAGGGUGGGGAAACCCACACUGGUGAAAAUGGGAAAGUUUGUGUCUAAAGCUAGUAUGGGAAACAAAAGGGCAGCUAGGACAUGUAAGGGUAAGGGUGGUGCUGUGAUAUUUGAGGGUGAGGAUGAUGAAGACAGUGAGGAUUCUGAUUUUGAGGAAUCUGAGAGUGAUGAUGGUGAUGUAGACAGUGAUGAUGAAUCAGACAUAGGGGAUUUCAUUGUUGAGGAGGAGGAGUUGGCAAGUAUGGGGGAUGACAUCCAUGAUAUGUCAUUUGAGGACUGUCUAGAUGGGAGCUCAAAAAGGGACAAGAAUUACAAGAAUGGGAAGGUAUAUGUUGAGCAGCCCUAUGGUUCUAUUAAGCUUGAACCAUGGUUGAUAUUUACAGAUAGGGAGGCCUUCCUGGAUGUCCUAAGAGACUACUGCAUACAGGAAGGGUUUGGGUUGAGUGUGGAGAAGGCAGACAGUAGAAGAUACACUGUUGUUUGUGCAGUGGAGGGUUGUGAUUGGGGGAUACAUGCCUCAAAAAUGGUGGAUAAGUUUAGUAGGGCAAUCAAAUCCUUGACUGGGGAGCACAGACAGUGUGGUAGGCUUGAGGUUAACCCCAUAGUGACCACCAAAUGGUUGGUGGGGAAGUUGUUGCCAGAGAUUGAGGCAAACUUAGAUAUCCCUGUCUUAACAUUGAAGAAGAUGACUCAACAGAAGUAUAGGAUACAAGUAAAAACAAGACUGUUCUACAAGGUUAAAGCAUUGGCUAAGGAGGUUAUUAAUGGGAGUUUUAGUGAGUCCUAUGCACUGCUACCUAGGUAUGCAGAGAUGAUAAAGGAUACUAACCCUGGGAGUUAUGCACUGAUCACAUGGCAUAGUGAUCCUGGGGAUGUGCAACCAAAGUUCAAGGCUUGCUUUUUUUCCUUUGGUGCACAAGUAAGGGGAUUUCUUAAGGGGUGUAGGCCAAUGAUAGGAAUUGAUGGAGCUCACCUCAGUGGGUUUUUCAAGGGGAUUCUUCUGUCAGCCUUGGGGAUUGAUGGCAACAAUGAGAUCUUCUUGUUGGCUUAUGGGGUUGUUGACACUGAAAGUCAAGAGAGUUGGAACUAUUUUAUGAGGAACCUCAGGGCACUGUUUGAGAGAGAAGGCUGCAGCAGGGAUGACUGGACAUUCAUCAGUGACAGAAUGAGGGGGGUGGAUUUAGCUGUUCAUGAAAACUUCCCAAGGGCCACUAGAAGGUGUUGUGCUCAGCAUCUGUACAUGAAUUGCAAGAAUGGAGGUUGGAGUGGAGAACUUUUCCACAAGCUCUUCGGGAUAGCUGCAAAUGCCUACAACCCCUUUGUUUACAACAAGGCAAUGGAGAAGAUCACUGAAUUUGAUCCAAAUGCAACAAAGUACCUGGACACAUGUACUGAGCAGUGGUCAAGACAUCAGUUUGAUCCAGCAGUGUGUUGUGAUCAUAACACAACUAAUUAUGUGGAAUAAUUCAAUGCUCUCACCAAGCCAUACAGGGAUUUACCUUUGUUGUCACUAUUUGAAGGUAAAGUCUUCUAUUUUUCUUCUCAUUUGCUGUUUCUGUCAAAGUUUCAGUGACUGUUCUUAUGUGUUUAUUUGCAGCCAUAAGGGAGUGGUCCAUGGAGAGAAUUGGGGUCAGGUUUGAUAAAGCAGCAAACAUGGAGCCUAACCACUUAACAGACUAUGCCAAACAUGAAAUAGAGUUGAGAAGUGCAGAAUCCAGAUUCUGUUACUCUACUGCAUGUGGUGGUGGGGAGUUUGAGGUGAAGGAUGGCAAUGUGAAGUUCCCAGUCAAUCUACACAACAGAACCUGUGGGUGUGGAGUAUGGCAGGGGUUAGGUAUGCCCUGCAAACAUGGCUUGAGGGUCAUCUACAACCAGAGACUUGACCCUGUGGACUUUGUUUCCACUUAUUUCAAGGGUGCUGCUUAUAAACAGGCAUAUGCAGAGCAUAUGCACCCAAUGGCUGACCCUACUCAGUGGCCUGGAUCCACACUGCCCACUAUUAAACCACCUGGGAUCAAGAGGGGUGCUGGAAGACCUCAAAAACAGAGAAGGAGGGGUGCCAUGGAAGCUAGAAAGAGGAAGAGGCACACUUCAGUUAAGUGUAGCAAAUGCAAGGAGAUCGGCCACAAUGCAAGGACCUGCAAGUCUGGUGCAGGCACUUCCAAGGCACCACCAAAACAGAGAGCUGCAACAAAUAAGAGGAAAACAACCUCUGAUGGUGCAAGCACUUCCAAGGCAGCACCAAAGGGCAAGAAAUCCAAGCAAGCCUGAGGGGGGAAAUGAUCUGUCAACAUAUAAGUUUUUUUGGGUAGUUUUUUGCACAAAUGUUUUGAUCUUGCAAAUAUUGAAUGUUUUGUUUUUGAAGCUAAGAACAACAUUAAAGUUAGUUGGUGCAAUGUUUUGUAUUUGAAGCUUAAACAUAAUUUCUUCCCAUUUCGGUAUUUUGUGCAUAUUUUGCAACAACAAUAGUUAAUGAAAUGUGAUAUUAUUACUCAUUAAUUGUGUUUACUUCAUGAUUACAAACAGUAGGAUUACAAACAUCAAUAUCCCCAUUUGUAUUACAACGUUAACUACUUUUUGUUGAUGUUUUAGCUUUUUCUUCAUUUGCUUCAAU